AUGUAUCGGAAGUUGUCUAAGUUAGAACACUCGGAAAUAAAACAACUUCUUACAGAAGCUAAUAUAGAUGUUGCAAAGCAUUACGCAACAAACAAAAAAGCACUCGCUGACUUCAUUAAAGACUAUAAUGGUGCAAUAAGUUAUGAUAGAAUUCAUGAGUUCAUAAAGCCGCAACGCGGCGAGGACGAAGUCCAUGCAAUAGCAUUUCCUUUAAAUGACGUUGCUAUUGACUUAUAUCAUAGACGUUCAGUACCUCAUGAAGUAAGAAGAGAAAUGUUUGACAUAACAAAUGCAAACGUUGGUCAUACUCGUAAAGCUCUUUCGCAUGAUGUUCGUCAAGAGAUGUUUGACAUAACAAAUGCAAACGUUGGUGAAACACGAAAGAGAGACGACACACUGAAACAACAGAGAAGAGAGAUGUUUAAAAGUGCUAUAGAACAAGUUCGUAAAGCUAACGAUGUCAUUCGUUCCAUUGACGACAAACCAAAAGAAGGUGAGAGAUGGUUAAAGAAAGAUGAAGAGAAUAGGAAGAGAAAUGUGAAGUCAGGCAAUAGACUCAUUGACUUUAACAUCGAAGCUUUAGAUGAACCAAACAGAGACUACUUACACAAACAUUUCGGUAAGGUUUUCAUGAGACUCUUAGAGAAAAUUAAAAUAAACUCACAACAGAGAUGGAUGGUAUGUUAUAAACUUGGUGGAAAGUAUGAAUGUUCUACGUUAAACCUCAAUAAUAUUGGAACAUUACUACAUCAGCUCUUGAAGGAGAACUUUAUAUAA